AUGUCAGCAAGUAACAAUGUGCCGGGAAGUCAGUAUGGCGUGUCCCCCCAGCAGCUCCGCGAGCUCAUGGAGCUCAGGGGCGCCGAUGCUCUACAGCGCCUUCAGGAGGAGUACGAGUCGGUCGAGGGCGUGUGCCAGCGCCUGCGGACCCACUCUACGGAAGGUGUUGCAAAUUCCACCGACGACCUCCUGCGGCGCCGGGAAGUCUUCGGCGCGAACGAAAUCCCUCCGAAGUCACCGAAGUCCUUCCUGAGACUGAUCUGGGAGGCCCUGAAGGACACCACGCUCAUUAUCCUUCAGGUGGCGGCCGUCGUGAGCAUCUGUCUCUCUUUCUUUCACGCAGAGGAUAGUUUUAUGGGUGAGGAGCAGGAGCAGGCGCCCCCGUGGAUCGAGGGCGUGGCCAUCUUAGCGGCAGUCGUCGUGGUCGUCUUCGUAACAGCCUUCAACGACUACAGCUCGCUGUCACAGAUCAAAUACGGGGACAUGCUACCCGCCGACGGCUUGCUCAUCCAAGGGUCAGACCUGAAGGUGGAUGAAUCCUCGCUGACAGGGGAGAGCGACCACGUCACCAAAACACCCGUGACAGACCCCAUGCUCUUCUCAGGUACGACUGUCAUGGAAGGGAGCGGUAGAAUGGUCGUGACGGCAGUGGGGGUGAAUUCCCAGGCUGGCAUCAUCAUGACACUUCUUGGCGCCACAGCCAUUCAGAUCGGCUAUGCGGGUAAGAGUCCUUCGUGUUCUGCGUAUCCACAUGCCCUCACAUACCCACAUAUCCACACCAUCGAAUCCAUAAGACAAGAUUAUAUCUGGGCCUCGUACAGGUUGCCAUGGUUACGAAAGGCUUAUGCAAGCAAGAAAUGCGAAGGUACGACUGUCAUGGAAGGGAGCGGUAGAAUGGUCGUGACGGCAGUGGGGGUGAAUUCCCAGGCUGGUAUCAUCAUGACACUUCUUGGCGCCACAGACAAAGGCAAGGACGGAACGAAAGGCAAAGACAAGGAAAAGAAACAGGAGGAGAAAACGGAAAAAUCUGUUCUUCAACAGAAACUCUCCAGAUUAGCCAUUCAGAUCGGCUAUGCGGGUAAGACCAUCGCAAUCCUGACCAUCAUCAUCCUGGUCGUGAAAUUCAGCGUCAAGACCUACGUGAUGGACGGUCUCCCCUUCAGUAUCCGUCACAUGAACACCUUCGUCCACCACUUCAUCAUCGGCGUCACGGUGCUGGUGGUGGCCGUGCCUGAGGGCCUGCCGCUCGCCGUCACCAUCUCGCUCGCCUUCUCCGUCAGGAAAAUGAUGAAGGACAACAACCUGGUGAGGCACCUGGACGCCUGCGAGACCAUGGGCAACGCGACCACGAUCUGCUCCGACAAGACGGGGACUCUCACGACCAAUCGCAUGACGGUCGUGGCGGCGCACAUCGGGGGCCAGACGUAUAAAACGCUCCCGACCUACGAAGUCCUUCCCGCCAACCUGGCCGAGCUCCUGGUCCUCGGGAUCAGUGUCAACACCAACUACACGUCGAAGGUGGUUCCCUCCGAAGUGCCCGGCGAUCUCCCCAAGCAGAUCGGCAACAAGACCGAGUGCGCGCUGCUGGGUUUCGUGGGCGAGCUGGGCAAGAACUACCAGACGAUUCGCAACCACUACCCGGAAGAGAAGUUCGUCAAGGUGUACACUUUCAACUCGGCGAGGAAGUCCAUGACCACGGUGAUCUCCCUCGGGGUCGGCGGCUUCAGGCUCUUCACCAAAGGGGCGUCGGAGAUCGUGGUGAAGAAAUGCGCUUACGUCCUGAACGAGAAGGGCGAAGUCGAGACGCUCUCCGUCGAAGACCAAAAGAAGAUCGAGGUGGACGUCAUCGAUCGCUUGGCCUCCGAGGGACUGAGGACGAUCGGUCUCGCCUACAAGGACUUCGUGCCCUACCACGCCGAGCUCAGUCAGGUAGAGAUCGGCAGUUCUCCGCCUGACUGGGACGACAUGGACGAAACCGUGACCAAUUUGACCUUACUGGCUAUUUUGGGCGUGGAAGACCCGGUCAGGCCAGAGGUGCCAGAAGCCAUCCACCUGUGCCAGCGCGCGGGCAUCACCGUCCGAAUGGUCACCGGAGACAACAUCAACACAGCGCGUUCGAUCGCCACCAAAUGCGGCAUUCUCGCUCCUAAUGACACCGGCUUCGUCUUAGAUAGCAAGGAGUUUAACCAGAAGAUCCGGGACGAGAAAGGCGAGGUCUCCCAAGAAAUGUUCGACCAGGUGUGGCCUCGUCUCCGCGUGCUGGCCAGGUCGUCGCCGCAGGACAAGUACAUCCUGGUCAAGGGCCUGAUCGCUUCCAAGGCCACGCCCACCAGGCAGGUCGUGGCGGUGACCGGCGACGGAACCAACGACGGGCCGGCGCUCAAAAUGGCGGACGUCGGCUUCGCUAUGGGCAUCACGGGCACAGACGUCGCCAAGGAAGCCUGUGACAUCGUUCUGACAGACGACAAUUUCACCUCUAUCGUCAAGGCUGUCAUGUGGGGAAGAAACGUUUAUGACUCCAUCGCCAAAUUCCUUCAGUUCCAGCUGACUGUCAACGUUGUGGCUGUUACUAUUGCCUUCGUCAGUAUAUGUAUCAUUAGUGAUACGCCGCUGAAGACGGUGCAGAUGCUGUGGGUGAACCUCAUCAUGGACACCCUCGCCUCCCUCGCCCUGGCCACGGAGCCUCCCUCCCGCUCGCUCCUCCACCGCCAGCCGUACGGAAGGACGAAGGCCCUCGUGUCAGGGGUCAUGCUGAGGAACAUCCUGGGUCAGGCGGUGUUCAUGAUCCUCGUCAUCUUCCUGCUGCUCUUUUACGGUCACAUACUGGUCGACAUCGAAGACGGCCUCUACGCAGAACUGGGCGAACCUCCUUCGCAACACUUCACCCUCGUCUUCAACACGUUCGUUAUGAUGACGCUCUUUAACGAGGUCAAUGCCCGGAAGAUCCACGGAGAACAUAACGUAUUCGAAGGCAUUACCAAGAACCCGCUUUUCUAUUGCAUCUGGUUCGUCACAUUCGGUGCUCAGGUCGUGAUCGUCCAGCUGGGGGGCCUCGCCUUCUCCACCUCGGCCCUCAACCUGGAACAGUGGCUCUGGAGUAUUUUCUUCGGAAUCAUGACCCUCUUGUGGAGUCAGGUCGUCAACUCCAUCUUCUCUGCUAUUCACUACGGAAAGGGGAGAAGUCUGCAGGUUGUGUUUAAAUUCUAG